CGUCGGUACGCCGAUCCGGUGCGGAGAACUUCGGAGAAGUUGGUGGGCCCAUGCCUGUCAAGACCACUCACCUCACCUUCUCGCGGGGCUCCCUGUCACCCUGCACCGGCUCCGACCGGGGCAGGGUGCGAAAGAGUGAGUGGCACCAGGACGGAGACUCUGCUGACGACCUUGGCGAAACAAACAAAAGAAUCAUGGAUAGUGUCAAUAGUACGAAAAGAGUUUACGGUGCAGGGGAGGGAUACCCCAGUACCGGCGCAGUCGUGGGUAGUCAAGUGGGCCCCGCUGCGUCGACAUCUCGCGACCACGGCCGUUCGAGGGUGGACCGCCAGGCCCCCGGACGCGUUUUUACGCCUGGCGAUGGGACAGGAGAAAGUAAAAGUAGGAAGACCAUAAUAACAGGAGGACAACCGGAGGACAGCAGGUUGGAGACCGCGGAGGAGCCUCCGAGGAGGGCCACUAGACGCUCGCCGAGAGCCGCGGACAGGUCGGAGUGCGUCUUUCUCGCACCGGCCACGUUCGACGACGGCACGCUACCCAUGGCGUGGGGAUCGCGGGCGCGAGCGAGGUCCGACGACGAGGAGUCGGUCGCCUCGGUCGCCUCGCGCUCGUCGCUGGCUUCGAUGGCAUCCAGGGGUAAGAAGCGGAGAAUAACACCCGCGACCCCGGAGGUGUCCCAAGAGCUGGAGGCACAGAUGAGGACGAGCACCCCGGCGGACAUCAGCGCGGGUUUGACGAUGCACGUGUCGGAAAUAAUGCACGUAGCGACGACAUCGUCAAACCUUAAAGGGACCUACAUACGGAGGCUGAAGAACGCGGCGAGUUACAUCACCGCCGCUUGGAACGAGGAAUCCUCGAGGAGGACGAGGCCAGCGCGAGACUCCGGCAACGUGGACACGAGGUUGUCCGUGCUGGAAGAGGAGAACGCAGCCCUCCGCCAGGAACUGAGGAGACUGGCUGCUCGCGUCCACGAGUGCCCGCGAUGCACCGGCGCGACGUCCGAAUACGACGGUCCUCCGCGGGAAGACGGAAACGACAGGACUCGCCUUGACGCUCUGGAAAGGGUAGUCCGAGAACUGGGACCCUCCAUUCUCAGGACCGUGGAGGAACGAUUCGGGGGCACGCGAUGGCAACACACCCCCGAAGCGCGACCGAGCAAGGACCGCUCCGUCGAUCGCUAA